AAAAAGCCAAUUCUGGUGAUCCUCUGAAGUGGCUUUUGAUCUGUCAUGGAUUCUUCAGGUGUUCCGCUGCUGAUUUCCUUACCAUCCGAGUCGAACUUUUCACCUGGUUUAAAAAUGUAUGUGGUGGAGAGCAAAGGAGGUGCCAUAGCAUGCAUGCUGCUCUCCCUCUUCUUCUUGGGUACAUGGCCUGCUAUCCUCGCCAUGCUAGAAAGACGCGGCCGCCUUCCUCAGCAUACGUAUCUCGAUUACUCAAUCACAAACUUCCUGGCUGCUGUACUUAUCGCCUUAACAUUUGGUCAGAUUGGCAGCAGCACGCCUGAGGAGCCGAACUUUUUGACUCAACUUUCGCAGGAUAAUUGGCCCUGCGUUUUAUUCGCGAUGGCAGGCGGGGUGGUCCUCAGCAUCGGAAAUCUUGCCACACAGUAUGCUUGGCCUUUUGUUGGUUUGGCAGUGGUAGAAGUGGUUACUUCAAGCAUUACAGUUGUCAUAGGCACAACAUUUAAUUACUUCUUGGAUGACAAGAUUAACAAAGCCGAGAUUCUUUUUCCCGGGGUUGCCUGCUUCUUGAUCGCGGUUUGUCUUGGCUCCGCUGUUCACUCAUCCAAUGCAGCAGAUAACAAAGCAAAACUUGAAAGCAUGGCAACUGAUCACGUAGAUGGAGAAAAGCCUUCAAAUGCUUCCGUAAUUCCAAGUGAGGCCGGUUUGAAAGAUGUGGAGGGUGGAAAUGGUCCUGCUCAUAGUGCCAAGGCUGGAACUGCAAAAUAUCUUGUACAGCUGGAGAACAGAAGAUCAAUUAAAGUGUUCGGGAAGAACACUUUUAUAGGACUUGGCAUUACUUUCUUCGCCGGACUUUGCUUCUCUCUCUUCUCACCGGCAUUCAACUUGGCCACAAAUGAUCAAUGGCAUUUAUUGAAGAAAGGAGUUCCUCAUUUGGUCGUUUACACUGCGUUUUUCUACUUUUCAUUAUCUGGUACCGUUGUUGCUGUCAUCCUAAACAUCAUAUUCAUUUACCGCCCUGCGCUGGGUUCACAGAAGACAUCGUUCAGAGCUUAUGUUACCGAUUGGAAUGGUAGGGGAUGGGCGCUUUUGGCCGGUGUCCUAUGCGGAUUCGGCAAUGGUCUCCAGUUUAUGGGAGGUCAAGCUGCAGGAUAUGCAGCAGCUGAUGCAGUUCAGGCACUUCCGCUCGUGAGCACUUUUUGGGGCAUCCUUCUGAUGGGAGAGUACCGAAAAUCAUCACGAAGAACAUACGUGUUGCUCUGCAGUAUGUUGUUUAUGUUUAUUUUAGCUGUUGCAAUCCUCAUGGCGUCAUCGGGGCAUCGGAAAUGAGCAUUCAACUCGAAGGUCGUAGCCCGACGGGGAAAGGAAAAAGAAAAAAAGAAAUGUAGCUGGUUGUGAAGAUGCAUUCGUCUAGUUUUUUUUUUUUUUUUUUUUUUUUUUUUUUUUUUUACUAAAGAUAGAAAAUAUGGGGGGAAUUUAAAGAUGCAAAGAAGUGAAAUUUGUAAAAUAUUGUGUCAAGUUUGAUUGAUGUACGACGGUGAAUAAUUCCAUACGACAUCAUUGUUUCCAGU